CUUCAAAUAAAUACCGAGCGAGCAUUAAGUUGGCCACAGCCUACAUUUUGAAACCAAUCGCAUUCACCCCACCAUCUUAAUUCCUCGACUGCCCAGAAACAAAGCACGGAGAUACGCCUAUGUUCGAAUGCCCAUUCUUGUGCUAUAACUCACCUUUUACCUGGUUCGCUGGCCACGUCUCUAAUGUUACUCAGUCGCAGACUCCGCUCGACGCCGAGCACUAAACCGAGCAGUGCCCGAACGCGACGGUACUAGUGAAGAGUGUUGUGGUGCUAAACUCGCGGUACUUACUAACAUGACAUCGCCUUCGUCAACCCUCGACGGUCUACCUAAACAAUUCGUCAGUGCCAUGCGAACCCUCUUCGACAUUAUGGAUGAUAAGCACACCGGUUUCGUUAGUUUUACUGAUAUAGAAAACAGAUGGCAGGACGAUAAUACCAAAGGACUGCCUAAGGGCGUAAUAGAAAGUCUUAGGAAAGUUACGCCACCGAAUGGUAUGCUAUCAUUCGAACGUUUUUGCGCCGGUUUAAAAAUUUGUUUACUCAGAAACCAAGUUGAACGAAGAGAAACCAUCAAGCAACACCCCGAAAACAACAUAAAACCUAACCGACCACCCUCGGCUCCUCUACUAGACAUAGAUUCCCCUCCAAAACCGCCCAAUUGGGGUAACACAGCAGCAAUCAGACCAAAUAACGUAAUUACCCAACAGAGAACCCUAUCAAUGCCCCAAUUAAUGCCAGAAAGAAAAGAAAAUAUGAUUAUAGAAACCGUUGAUAAGCACACGUUUGAAAAACAGGUUCCGAAUAUAAACAAACCCACGCUAUUUGGUCCUCCGAAACCCCCACGGACAGCCAUUGGCUUGGAAAGAGGGGUCACCACAGGGAACCUAGACAGGGCCGAGAUACGCACGGCUUUACAGAACUGGCAGAUGGGGGUGAUGUUAAGCGAUCAAGAAAAUAAAAACAACCCCAAGCAGCAAUAUACAGGAGGAUUACUCAGGACCAGCCGAAGUAUGGGUGACGGAAAGCCAGCUAUACAGGGCGAAAUUCAAGCUGCGCAAGGGGGAAUUUACCAAAAAAAGACUAAUCCUAGGCGGAGGGAACCGCGGAGACACACCUUACAAAAUGGAAUUGAUUACAGUAUGUUGAAGAGGAUGAAACAAAUUGAACAGGAAAAGGACGUUUUGAUGCAGGGUUUAAGUGCUGUUGAAAAAGCUCGUGAUUGGUAUAUGAAGCAAGUUGCUAUAGUUCAAGAUAAAAUGAAAUAUUUGGGAAGGAUGGGACAUGUGGAACACUGGUCAGAAGCCCAACAAGAAAGGCUUGAACUACAGAGGGCUCGAGUGAUAGAAGUCAACAGGCAUCUGGCCACUUUGACAGAAAGUUGGGAAAGAGGGGGUUUACCACUACACAUGAAUUUAGCCGUUAAUCACUACCCUCCAUUACAUCCACCACCACAAGACAUAGCGAACAGACUUAAACAACAGAACAGGUUGCUCACAGAGGAAGUAAGCAAAAAGAGUGAACGAAUAUCAGCGCUAGAACGAGAGAAAGCUAAUCUUAUACAAGUCCUCCAGAUGAGAUCAGCUCCUACAAAACGAAAUAAUCUUCAAGAAGAAGCCGUAUUUUAAAAGAACAGAGACAUUUUCUUUAUAGAAAGACCAAGUGGUUUAUAUUUUUGUUUUUAAGUAAAUGUGAUCUUUUGUGACAAUUUGUGAGUUACCUUGUUUUUUGAUUAAAACUAAAAUGUUAAAAAGAAGAGGAUAACUUAUCGGUGCCAUAAAUUUUGAAAGCUAUUAUGUGUUAUCAAUUAUAUUUUAUUUCGUGUAAUAAAAAUACUUUUGAAAACUGUUAUGUAAAUAGAAAUUUUAAAAUUUAGUGAUCCGUAUUUGUGUAGAG